GGAGAAGCCGAGAGCGGCUGGAACGAUGGCUGAUGAAGAGGAAGAAGCGAAGCGCAUCUUGCAGAAACUGCAGGAACUGGUGGACGAGCUCUACUCAUUCCGAGAUAGCUAUUUUGAGACCCAUAGUGUUGAAGAUGCAGGACGGAAGCAACAGGAUGUUCAUGACCAGAUGGAGAAGACCCUGCAGCAGAUGGAGGAAGCACUGGGUUCUGUCCAGGUCGAGGCACAGGCACUAAUGCUGAAGGGGAAGGCUCUGAAUGUGACUCCCAACCACAGCCCCGAGGCCGAGGUGCUUCUCUCAAAGGCCGUGAAGCUGGAGCCUGAGCUGGUGGAAGCCUGGAACCAGCUGGGUGAGGUGUACUGGAAGAAAGGGGACAUUGCGGCUGCCCACACCUGCUUCUCAGGAGCCCUCACCCACUGCAAGAACAAAGUGUCCUUGCAGAACUUGUCAAUGGUGCUUCGCCAGUUGCAGACUGACUCUGGAGAUGAACAUUCUCGUCACGUCAUGGACAGUGUCCGGCAGGCUAAGUUGGCUGUGCAGAUGGAUGUCCUCGAUGGCCGAUCCUGGUAUAUCCUGGGGAAUGCAUAUCUUUCUCUUUAUUUCAAUACUGGCCAGAACCCUAAGAUCUCCCAGCAAGCCCUCAGUGCCUAUGCUCAAGCAGAGAAGGUCGACAGGAAAGCAUCUAGCAACCCUGACCUUCAUCUCAACAGGGCGACGUUGCAUAAAUAUGAAGAGAAUUACGGGGAGGCCUUACAGGGUUUCUCUCAGGCUGCAGCGCUCGACCCUGCGUGGCCAGAGCCCCGACAACGAGAACAGCAGCUCCUGGAAUUCCUCAAUAAACUAACCAGCCUCCUGGAGACCAAGGGGAAGACAAAACCCAAGAAACUUCAGAGCAUGCUGGGAAGCUUGCGCCCAGCCCAUCUGGGCCCCUGUGGUGACGGGCGCUAUCAGUCAGCCUCUGGGCAGAAGGUGACCCUGGAACACAAGCCUCUGAGUACGUUGCAGCCUGGUGUGAACAGCAGUACUGUGAUCCUGGGAAAGGUGGUGUUCAGCCUAACCACAGAGGAGAAAGUCCCCUUCACAUUCGGCUUGGUAGACUCAGAUGGUCCUUGCUAUGCCGUGAUGGUGUAUAAUGUGGUGCAGAGCUGGGGCGUGCUCAUUGGGGACUCUGUAGCCAUUCCUGAGCCCAACCUUAGGCAUCACCAAAUUCAGCACAAGGGAAAGGACUAUUCCUUCUCCAGUGUCCGAGUGGAAACUCCUCUCCUGCUGGUGGUGAAUGGAAAGCCACAGAACUCCAGCAGCCAGGCGUCUGCCACGGUGGCUUCCAGGCCACAGUGUGAAUGACCUUGUGGAGGCUGCGAGGGUGCUGCAAAUGGAGAUUCCUCUUUCAUGCCCCUGAGUGUAGUUGAGUCUCUCUCCUUCUCCCUGUGGAACCCCAACCCUCUUCAGAGCCAUCACCACCCUUGUUUACUUCUCCUGCCUCUUCAGAAGUGCUGACUUGAAGAACAAAGCAGUAGUAGAACUGUUGGGACCCUGUCAUGGGAGACUCUCCCUGAAGUCCUGAGAUGUUUUGACCGUCCCCCAAACCCCUGUUCUCGCCUCCUUCUUGAGUCUAAUAUAUAUGUAUAUAUCAGUUUACUAUUUAUUACUAAGGAGGCUUAACUUUCUAGUAGCUUUAUAUUUGAGCAGUUUUUUUUAAAACUUUUUUAAGUUUUAUUUUUAGAUUUAAGUUUUGAUGGGUAGAUUAAAGUUCUACCCAUUAACCGCAACACUUAGGAGGCAGAGGAAGGUAGAUCUUUGUGAGUUCAAAGCCAGCCUGACCUUAUAUGGGGAGUUCUAGGCCAGCCAGACACUGUUUUUUUUUUUUUAAAAAAAGUUUUAUUCUCUUCCUUAGGGCUGGAACAAAAUUAAAUUUGUUUGGAAAAAAUUUUA